AUGCCUGCCCCGACUGCCCUUCGACAGCCGGCCGAAGCCUCCACGCUUCAGCCGCCAGUUUCAGCUAUGGACCAGGAUGACGAGGUCUUGAUUGAUGCCCAGGGAGCGAACGAGCCAGAUGCCACAAAUCCCGUGGCAGACUCAACGGGAGAUAAUGAGAUGCGCAUCGAUGAAGAAGGCCGCCCCGUUUUUACACCUGCAAAGGACACCAACACCGCUUAUCGCAUCGAGACUCGCAAGGUGCCUGUUCCACCUCAUCGCAUGACACCCCUCAAGGCCAACUGGACCAAGAUCUGCCCUCCCAUUGUUGAGCACCUCAAGCUCCAAGUGCGCAUGAACAUCAAGAGCCGGGCAGUGGAGCUCCGCACUUCCAAGUUUACGACGGAUGUGGGUGCGCUCCAGAAAGGCGCCGACUUCGUCAAGGCUUUCACCCUCGGCUUCGACAUCGACGAUGCGAUCGCUCUUCUCCGGUUGGAUGACCUGUACAUCCAGUCUUUCGAAAUCAAGGAUGUGAAGACUCUCAACGGGGAGCAUCUUGGCCGUGCCAUUGGUCGUAUUGCGGGCAAGGAUGGAAAGACCAAGUUCGCCAUUGAGAACGCCAGCCGGACCCGAGUCGUGCUAGCAGACCAGAAGAUUCACAUUCUAGGUGGAUUUAAGAACAUUCACAUUGCCCGAGAGGCAAUUGUCAGCCUGAUUUUGGGUAGCCCUCCGGGCAAGGUCUAUGGCAACCUUCGAACCGUUGCUUCUCGCAUGAAGGAGCGAUUCUGA